GCAAACAAACAAAGAGAAUAGCUAUCGUCGCUCUGUUUGUUUGUGAUUGGUCAUCGGUAAGUUCAGUUUUAACUGAAGUUGACCAAGUCUCCCUAAGCCUAAGCUUAUCUCAUGGCCGUCAAUCACUCCCCACCUUGGAGACGCCACUGUAGACUGAAGAGAGGAUAAAUAUCAUUUGGGGUGAGAAUCCGAUUCGCCAGCUCUUCAAUUUUUGAAGAAUCUCCAUGGAUGAUGAUCAGAGUGUGGAUUGGUCUUGUCUUCCGGAGGAACUAUGGCUGAUGAUCGGAAAAUGCUUCACCAGUAAUAUCGACCUUCUCCGAUUUCGCUCUAUCUGCAAGUCAUGGCGUCGUUCCUCUCUUAUUCCCCCUCUCGCAGUUCCUCCUAUCUUCACCCCAACAAUCGCCGCCUCUUCUGGCCAACUCUUACUCACCCCCACAACAAUCUACCGUCUCGAACCUUCCGAUCUCUCCAAAGCUCUUUCAACUUCUUCUUCCUCCAAAGCCUGGUUGAUCAAGGUUGACGAAUCCAGCUAUCGCCGGCUCUGUCUCUUGGACCCUUGCACAAACAAUCGACUCUCCCACUUCCGUUCGUGGUACCCUUUUAACUCUUUCCCUAAGGGGUUGAAUCUAUUGAACUUUCGAUUCGUCGAACUGGUCAAAGCAUAUUCUAUCUCAUUAGAUGGUUCUGGUUUGACGUUUCGUCGUUUCCAUCACGAGAUCAGUGGGAAAGUAGUAACGUUCCCCAAUUUUGCUGGGACCCAGUUGGAGAAUUGCAAGUUCUUUUAUGUACAUAGGGAUGGAAAACUAGGGUUUUCAAAAAUUGGGGAUGAUGAAUGGACUCUUGUGGAUGAUAAGAACUCCUAUUACGAUGACAUAAUUGUUCAUAAGGGUCAGCUCUAUGUAGUAGAUAGAUGGGGAACCAUUUCCUGGAUUGACUGUUCUUCUUCUUCCUUAAAGUUGGUUCAAUUUUCUCCUCCAUUGUGUGGUUUGGGUAAGAAGAAGCAUUUGGUAGAAUCAUGUGGGAGUCUAUAUGUUGUUGACAUGUAUGCUGAAGGAGAUCCUAACAACUCCAGAGGAACGUACUAUGAGGUGGUUGAUUUGAAAGUAUACAAGCUUGAUGAAGAAUGGGGUAGAUGGUUGGAUGUGAAAAGCUUGGAUGAGCGUGUGUUUGUUUUGGGUAAAGACUGUAAUUUCUCUCUUUCAGCUCGAGACUACCAUGGAUGUGAAGAGAAUUGCAUCUACUUCUGUUACAGAGGCUGUGCUUCUAUGUUCAACUUAGGAACUUCUACAUUUUGCUCUCCCAAGGUCUUCUGGCCUUGCCCAACUCUGUUCAACUAUGGUGGAUGUGUUUGAGAAAAGUUCUUCGUGAACUCCAUUGGUCUUAUAGUCUUCCUCCUCAAUAAGAACUUUGUUGCAGGGGAUCAUUUUUCUUGGGGGCUGUAGUUUGGAUUCCGGAGAGGAACCGAAUGAGGAAAAAUGACAAUAGGUUCAAGUUAAAAGCUUGGACAAUAUAGGGCUAAGUGCGUUGGUGAUGGUCGCACUUGAAGAGUUUCGUGGAUGCAUACAAGAAUAAUAGCAUUUAAUGCGCAGAAGAUAUAUCAUCCUUUUAGACUUUUUAUUUGUAUCGAUUUUAGAUUUGUCUGUUUAUAUAUAUAUAUAUAUAUAUAAUGGUUUGGAUGUUAAUUUUUUAAAUGUUAAUGACAAUGGUUUUUUAGUGCAUCAUUGUAAUUGUACUCUUAUACAAUAAAACUAGUCUUUGACCC